AAAGAGGAAAUGAUGGACAACAGAAGCAACUCUAGUCUGCCUGACAAACUUCCUAUCUUCUCCAAUUCUGCCUGCUUGCCAAUGAGCAGGUCCUUCUAUCUGGAGCCCACGGUCACUUUCCACCUGCACCCGGAGGCCCCGGUGCCAUCCCCUUAUUCUGAGGAGCUGCCACUGCUGCCUUUUCCCAGUGACUCCCUCAUCAUGGGAAAUUAUGGUGAACCCUGCCCCUUCUCUUUCCCAAUGCCUUAUCCAAAUUACAGAAGGUGUGAGUACUCCUACGGACCAGCCUUCAUCCGGAAAAGGAAUGAGCGGGAAAGGCAGCGGGUAAAAUGUGUCAAUGAAGGCUACGCCCAGCUCCGCCACCAUCUGCCAGAGGAGUAUUUGGAGAAACGACUCAGCAAAGUGGAAACCCUCAGAGCUGCGAUCAAGUACAUUAACUACCUGCAGUCUCUUCUGUACCCUGAUAAAGCCGAGACCAAGAAUAACCCUGGAAAAUGUUCCUCCAUGAUAGCAACCACCAGCCGCCAUGCUGACUCUAUGUUCAGAAUUGUUUGAGUGUUUCCAAAUAGAAAUGAAUAAGAUCACAAAACGGGGUCUCCUACAGCACCAUUUGAUAGUUUUUCCUGAAUGUAAUUUCUGUGUAGGCAGGAAAUAGCUCAAAUGCUAACCUAUGCUGGGAAUUACCCAAUAGUACUAAACAUGAUCUCAUGUAGAUUGAGGAGCUGCUUUAUGUCUUUCAUGAACUCUAGGGGAACAGGGGCCCCAGACUCUGCAUGUCUCACCCUGCCCAUCUCACACGCUUGGCCAGGGACUCAGGUAUGAGAAGCUUUUGUGGAAGCCUUUAAAGUGUGUGCUGGUCAUCUCUUCACUGAGGCUUCAUGCUGAGCAAUCACAAUGAACCCCCUCUUCAUAUGUCAACAUUUGGAGAUUUUUUUAAAGAGUAUGUUCUGCAUCUUAUUUUUGUGGGCAACACUUUUCUUACCAUCAAGAACACAUCCCAAGGAAGGGACCCAGUAACCUUUCAAAACCCAAACUGCUGCCUGCGAUGAGGGCCCGGGGUCCUCCAUGGAGAGGACAGGCAUUUUCCUUUCCCACCAGGAAGGAGUCAGCCUGGAGCCCCCAGAGAUUUUUACUUACUGGGGAUCGACAAGAAGUCACCACCAUGGCAAAGUGUCUUGGGGCUAAUGCAAAAGUAGUUUACAAAACCUUGUUAUUUGAAAUUAUUUCAGAUGCAUCAUUUUCCUGCAUGUAGAAUUCCUCAGGCAGCUUAGUGAAAGGUUUAAGAAGGCAGGCCUGCGUUUGCAGUAUAACUCUGCUGCCUCUUCUCUAUGUCUCGGUUCUUCUUCACAAAAUGAGAACAGCAGCAAUUCCCAUGUGUUUAUGAUGAUGAUUAACAGAACUUGACAUAUAGUAAGUAUUCAUAAUCAUUAAAAACAUUUAUUUAGAGAUGGGGUCUUGCUAUGUUGCCUAGGCUGGUCUCGAACUUCUAGCCUCAAGUGAUCCUCCCACCCCUGCCUCCUAAGGUGUUGGGAUUACAGGUGUGAGCCACUGUGCUUGGCCAUCAUUACUGAUUAUUAUUAUCAUCAUUAUCUUGUCCUGUCUAUACCAUCAUCAUUUUCUAGGUUCUCUAAGCGAGAAAAGCUGGAGCUGCCAGGCCUUUCCUUCAUACCUGGGAAGGACAGUCCCUGCCUGGUAUCUUGGAGUCUGCUUUCAAAAUGUGUCUAUUUCUGCUUCCGUGACCAGCUUCAGCUCUUCCUUCUCCUUUAACUCCCAGGUCCCAUGUGUCCCCAGGCCCAGUCAAGAACCUAUCACACACUGUCUAUCACACUCACCUCUACUGCUAUGCUUCUGUGAAGUCUUCACCAACUUUCUAUCCCAGCUGUUACUUGUUCCUUUACUUCGUAUAAAUACUUCUCCUGUGGCUGUUAUCCUGCUAUCUUUAGACACUUUACACACCUGGCUCUGUCUUCUCCAGUAGACUGCAAGUUCCUUGAAGAUGAUUCGUCCAGCCUUAUUCAUCUCAUAUUCCUAGUACCCAGCAAAGCGCCUUGAAUCAGGAAGGUGCUGGUGAUUAUCUGUUACUAUUUUCUUACUCCAGUCCCGUCACCUGUGUCUGGGUCAUUGGUAGCAGUCUGGCCUCCUGGGCUGUGUUCUCAACAAGCUCCACCCUCACUCUCUGAAAGUAUUUCAUGUCACUUUGUCGCUUAAGCUGCCUGAUGACUUCUAAAUGCCACCUUGUUUAAAUUUAUCAGCUUAGUUUUCAAAGCUCCCUACUGCAAAACGAAGCAGCAAACAUAAGAAGCCACGUUUUCUCAUCUGUUUGCCAGCAACAUUUCACAAAUGUUUCACAAAGCCCCUGACUCUUACCUCGGGCAGCAAUUUCGCUCUUGGGAAAGAUGUUUUGCAGACACAACAGGACAUAGUACACGCCCCUCUCCCUCCUCCACCCCUUCUCCUAUCUGAGUUGCUAAAUUCCUUAAAAGAACAUGGAAUACUAUGCAGCCAUAAAAAAUGAUGAGUUCAUGUCCUUUGUAGGGACUUGGAUGAAUCUGGAAGCCAUCAUUCUCAGCAAACUGACACAAGAACAGAAAGCCAAAUACCAAAUGUUCUCACGCAUAGGCAGGUGUUGAACAAUGAAAACAGGUGGACUCAAGGAGGAGAGCAUGACACACUGGGGGCAGUUGGUGGGGGUAGG